CCAACCAUCUCACCCAAAAAAGCCCUGGAGUGAGAAAGUUUGGCUUCAGACAGCUUUACUCUCCCCCAUUCUUUUCGAUGAAUCAGCUCAUUCUUUCAGUUAUCUUGGCUUUCAGUCAGUCACUACCCGUCAUACUGGUCCCGUCAUAUACCGGUCCAGUCACACCACGGUCCCGUCACACCACGGUUCCCCGGCGUCACACCGGUCUUGAAAGCUAGCGUGAUUUGAUGUCCGGAGUCAUUUGGCGUACUAGUGGGAGGCACCGUAGCUCAGCCGUCGACAUUGCGCAGGGAUUCUAAGCUAAUCUCAGGGGGAUACUUUCUCGCUCUUACCCGGUAGUCUCACCUCUCUAUUCGUCGCUCAUCACUAUUCUAUUCGUCGUAGUCACUUGGUUUGUGUUUGUUGCUGACGCUUUGAGAGUCAACCGUCAUGGGUCGUACUUUACCAAACCCAGUUCCGUGUAAAGUAUGUGGUGAUAAGAGUUACGGGAAACACUACGGGGUUUACUGUUGCGACGGCUGUAGCUGUUUUUUUAAGCGGAGCAUUCGACGCAAUAUGCGGUAUACCUGUAUUGGCAAAGGCAACUGUCUCGUAGAUAAAGCACGGAGAAAUUGGUGUCCAUACUGCAGGCUCAAAAAAUGCUUCGGAGUCAACAUGAACAAAAAUGCAGUACAGGAAGAACGUGGACCAAGAAAGAAGAAACCUCAACAGCAGCACAAGACAGGUGUAUCGGGUGCGAAUGGAGAUCUCUGCUGCCAGGGUGCCGGCAGCAGUAGCCACGCCCGAGCUCUAGCAGCAGCAGCAGCAAAGUCCAAACCCUCAUUUCGACCCUUCCAGCCGUGGACUAGCAAGACAUCGGGAUGGAGGGAGCAACACGCCGUGGCUGCUGCCGCAGCCCACGCCGGUGGACCGGGGAGUGCUUUCCGUGUCGUCGCGGUCCGGAGUGGGUUGUUUCCGGGCGGUGUGCCGCCUCAUCUCUCGCCGACUCUACCGUUUGACGCGGCUGCAGACCGGCUUCUCGUACCGACACUACCGUCACAGUUUGCAGGGUUUAGAAUGGAGGACCGAGCAGCUUUGCUUGCCAAACGUUCCGCCGAGAGACCCCCAUUCCCGUGGGCCAGCCGUCCACCAGGAGCAGCAACUGUCCUCGCCCUGCCAGCGACGCCCUCACCUAGUACCUCCAUUGAAGAAAUCGCCACCCAUAUCCUCGUCCAUGCCGUACGAACCUCUCGCUCAGUUCAACCAUUUCAGUCAUUAGAUACUUGGGAUCAGAUCUCUGUCUUACAGGAGUGUUGGAAUGAACUGUUUCUCCUUCAUGCUGCGUACUGGCCGGGAGUUGAUUUCUGCGCUUUGUUGAGUCAUUCGAAUCUAAGGGCAGAGAGUUCAGGAGCUGGUUCGUCAAGUUCAUCAAGCGAGUCCUCGGUUUCAAUAAGACAAAGGAAUGAAAUCAUUGAUGACAUCCAAGAAAUCACUGUCAGAUUAAGAAGUCUAAAUCUCAGUUCAUAUGAGUUUGCAUCACUGGAGGCCAUUGUACUCUUCAAACCAGAUACCACCAAGACACUUCGAGAGAAGAGCAAAGUGGAGUUCUUCCGAGACCAAGCUCAAGUCGUCUUAGCUCAGUACGAGAACGUAGUCCACCCAGAGAGUCCUGCGCGCUUCGGCAAACUCCUCCUCACCAUGCCGUCUCUUAAACGAAUCAGCGGGGAAGAUCUAGAGGAACUAUUCUUCAGACGGACUCUUGGGAAUGUUCAGAUUGAAAAGAUUCUUGAUAGAGUAUAGAUGAAAUGUUCAUGACGUCACUGACCGCCAUCUUGGAUGAGAAACAAUGGAAAACUGCACGCGUGUACACGUUGCGCACAACUCUCAGCCAAUGGUAUAGCCUUUCACACGUGCAUGUUUCAUUAAAAAUGGCGACCAUCGCAAUGGGUCUAUUUCGAACGAACUUGACAAAUUGCGACCUGGUAACAUAAUUUGAACGAUUCGUGUAUGGGUCAAAUUAACUGAAAACAGGAGCGAAAAUUGACAAAUGUUAUCACUUUUAUCAGAAGGCCCAUGUCAGAAAGUUGUUUAGCGGUAAGCACAUCUAUGUGGUCUGUAGCAGGAAAAAUGUAACCACACCAAGAAAGCUUGGCAGCGUUUGCUUUCACAAUAAAUUCGAAUGUUGUUGCGUCACUGAAGUAUAGCAUAACUUUCGCUUAGCUCACGAUACAAGCAGGGAUUUUGGAGAAGAAACAGUGGUAAGGUUUGUUUCUUAAGCAGAAAACGCCUGCUUAGCAGGUUUCAUGAUUAAGGCUUAGUGACACACCGGAAGGUUAACUGUUGUUGCUUUUUUUUGAGAACGAGCAAGUUUUUACAUUAUUGUAAAAUUCCUAGUUUAUUAUUAAAUAAUUCUUCAAGAGAUAACACUAAAUAGAGGCACAAUAUGUUCCUCGAAAUUUCUACGAAUUUUGAAAAGCACUGUGCAACUUCGUUAGCAAGAUACCUAAUCAUGAUUCAGAAGGUAUGCAAAUUGACAUCAUCUUGUACCCAAUUAACUUAUUCAUAUAAUUAUAAGCUUGUUUAAGGAGUGCAAUCUUCUAAUGAACCAAUAUAGGGUAAGUUAAAGUAUUAGGAUUAAUGUUUCGUGCAAUAUCACCCUCUGAUAAAAAACAAAGGGAUAUCAACAAUUUUAAAUUUCAUGAUAAUAUAUAUAUAGACAAGAUGCAAUCUGCCGAAAUUAUCAAUAUUAAAUUCCAUUACACAUGUAUAUAAAACGUUAUAAAGUUAUAAAACGUUACUAAGUGUAAUGUAUAAUUUAAGUCAACACGACCCAGACGAUUAUGUAAAUAUUGUUUUGCAUAUUGUCGACAACAUUUCUAGUUUCAUAAAACCUUUUUAUUUUAAACUGUGGCGGUGCAAUAAGGGAAAAAGUGCAAAGGACCUGUUUAUUUCUUAUUUUAUCGUUGGAAACUAAGUUAUUUAUUUUAUUGUCAAAGGUUUUGUACAUGAUUGGUACAAGCACAUAUUUAUUCCCUUAUUAAAAUGGGAAAAACAAACUGUGCAGAUUUGGUUGGGCUUAAUCAGUUGUGUGAAUCGGGAGAAAGUAGUGGUUUUUUAAACCAUGCACAAUUUUCAGCAAAUAAUUUUGUUUCCCUUUUUUGGACAAGCAACAUCGGCUGUUACAUUUUUUAAAGUUUACUCACCAAACAAGAUUUAAUUUCAGAGGGAAUUAUUUCACAGAAAUCAAUUGGUCUACAUUUCUUUUUUAUGAACUUCAUUAUCAGUAAGCUAUCAGACUCAAACCAACAAUGUAUCAUUGCCAAUCUUGUGUAAUAGUAAUAAGUAUUAGUACAGUUUAUAUUAACGUUAGGCAAAAAGUCUGUAACGAACCGAAUUGGUUUGCCACAUUUAUCAAAUAUGUGACUGACAUAAUAUAAACACCUGGUUUGUGGUGAGAGGUUGGUAGUAUAAAACACUGUGAGACACGGCUCCCUCUGAAGUAAAGUAGUGUUCGAGAAAGAGUUUCCA